AUGACAUCUUUAACUUCCGCUAAACUAUGCUUCCUGCCUCAUUGCCUUGUCAUCUUGUUGUAUGUUUCAUCACCAAAUUGGGUUGCUUUUCCUUCUGCUACUUCUACUUCUGAUACUGAAGCAAAGGCUCUUCUCAAAUGGAAAGCCAGCUUAUUUCAAAAUCAAGCCCUCAACAACCUCACCUGGUACGACCCUCCCACUCAUAAUAUUAAUGCCACCAAUUCUUCCAGCAACAAUCCAAAACCAAGAACAAGCCCAUGCACUUGGACUGGUGUUUCAUGCAACUCAGCUGGAAGUGUCAGAAAGAUAGACCUUUCCACUUGUGGAAUACAAGGUACGCUACAUGAAUUUUCAUUCUUGUCCUUCCCUAAUCUUGAAUAUCUUGACCUCCACAUAAACGAACUCUUUGAUACUAUCCCACCUCAAAUCAGUAACCUCUCCAAACUCUACAAUCUUGAUCUCUCGAACAAUCAGUUUUCCGGGAGAAUCCCACCAGAAAUCAGUCUCUUGAGAAAUCUUACCUAUCUCUAUCUCUAUGGUAAUAAACUUUCUGGUUUGAUUCCCAAGGAGAUAGGGAACUUGAAAUCUCUUGUAUUCCUAGAUUUGAGCAUUAAUCAACUCAACGAUUCAAUUCCAACAUCGUUUGCUAACUUGAGCAACUUGGAGACCUUAUCCCUAAGAGAAAACCAACUUUCUGGUUUGAUUCCCAAGGAGAUAGGGAGCUUGAAAUCUCUUGUAUACCUAGAUUUGUGCAUUAAUCAUCUCAACGAUUCAAUUCCAACAUCAUUUGCUAACUUGAGAAACUUGGAUUACUUGUCCCUAGGAGAAAACCAACUUUCCGGCUCCAUUCCCCAAGAGUUAGAGAAUCUCAAGAAUUUGAAUAAAUUGCAGUUGAGUAUAAACCAAUUUUCUGGUUAUUUGCCCCAAAAUAUUUGCCAAGGUGGAAAACUCACAUGGUUUGCAGCAGGUGAAAACUAUUUGACUGGUCCAAUCCCUAAAAGCUUGAAAAACUGCACAAGCUUAGUUAGAGUCCGUCUUGAACAUAACCAAUUUACAGGCAAUAUAUCUGGAGAGUUUGGUGUUUAUCCGAAUCUUGAUUUUAUAGAUGUAAGCCAUAACAACUGGUAUGGAGAAAUCUCACAAAAUUGGCAAAAAUGCCCAAAGUUGACAGCCCUACGACUUGCGGGAAACAACCUUACUGGGAGCAUCCCACCUGAGAUAGGCAAUGCAACCCAAAUUCAUGAGCUAGAUCUCUCUUUGAAUAAUUUAGUUGGGUUGAUCCCAAAAGAAUUCGGGAGGUUGUCAUUGUUGGUGAAGUUGAUGUUGAAUGGAAAUAAACUUUCAGGUCAUAUACCGUUGGAAUUCGGAUCAUUGAAUGAUCUUGAAUAUCUUGACUUGUCAACAAACAAAUUGAAUGAGUCAAUUCCCAACAUUCUAGUUGACUUGUUCAGAUUGCACUACUUGAAUUUGAGCAACAACAAGUUGGCUCAAGCAAUUCCAUUUAAGUUGGGGAAGUUAGUUCAAUUGAAUGACCUGAAUUUAAGUCAUAACUUACUUGAAGGUAAGAUACCAUCAGAAAUGGGCAGUAUGCAGAGUUUGGGGACACUUGAUCUUUCCCACAACAAUCUUUCGGGUUCCAUACCGUCAAGUUUCGAAGAGAUGCAUGGCUUGUCGUACGUUGACAUAUCCUACAAUCACUUGGAAGGUCCCCUUCCCAACAUUAGGGCAUUUCUAGAAGCUCUGCCAGAAAGAUUGAAAGGGAACAAAGGAUUGUGUGGCAAAGUUGGAGUUCUGCUGCCACCCUGCAAUGCACAUGGCUCAAAAAAGGACCAAAAGUUAAUAUUCUCUCUUCUAGCGGUAUUUGUACUUGUUGCUUUCUUUACAAUUAUCUUUGUAAUAGUGCAAAGAAAGAAGAAGCAUCAAGAUACUAAACAAAACCACAUGCAUGGAGAAAUUUCCUUUUCAGUUUUAAAUUUUGAUGGAAAAUCAAUGUAUGAGGAAAUCAUAAGGGCAACUGAAGAUUUUGAUUCCAUAUAUUGCAUUGGGAUUGGAGGACAUGGAAGCGUUUAUAGAGUGAAUUUGUCAUCUGGAGACGUAGUGGCCGUGAAGAAAUUUCAUCUACUAUGGGAUGGCGAGACAGAAUUUCAGAAGGAGUUCUUGAAUGAAGUAAGGGCACUUAGUGAGAUAAGACAUCGAAAUAUUGUGAAGCUCUAUGGUUUCUGCGCACAUAAACGACACUUGUUUUUGGUGUAUGAGUAUCUUGAAAGAGGUAGCUUGGCCAUAAUGUUAAGCAAAGAUGAAGAAGCUACGAAGUUGGGGUGGAGUAAAAGGGUGAAUAUUGUUAAAGGCUUAGCUCAUGCCUUGUCUUACAUGCACCACGAUUGCUUGCCACCGAUUGUACAUCGUGACAUCUCAAGCAAGAACAUUUUGUUGGAUUCUGAAUAUGAGGCAUGUGUUUCAGACUUUGGCACUGCUAAGUUUUUAAAUCCAUACUCAACUAAUUGGACUGCCACUGUAGGCACUUAUGGUUACAUGGCACCAGAGCUUGCAUAUACAAUGGAAGUGAACGAGAAGUCCGAUGUUUAUAGUUUUGGAGUUGUCACACUGGAAAUAAUUAUGGGAAGCCAUCCAGGAGAUGUUUUCUCAUCUUUAUCAUCCGGGGCAUCAUCUUCGUCCUCAUCUGCAUCACCUGCCCCUGAAAUGCCAAUUUUGGAAGUUCUGGACCAACGCAUCUCCCCACCCACAAAACAAGAGGCAGGGGAGGUGGUGUAUCUGGUGAAGAUCGCAUUUGCAUCCUUGAAUCCCAGUUCGCAGUGUCGUCCAACAAUGAAGAAAGUUUCUCAACUCCUGUCAUCAACGCAGAGGCUGCAUUUGUCAAAGCCAUUACAUAUGACGACAUGUGGUGAAUUGCUUGCUCUUGAUGGUUUCACUGCCUGA